AUGCGAUUCCCACCCUCUUUCGCACUCUUCCUCUUCAGCCUUGUCUCCGCACAAGAUCUCGGCGCCAUCCCUUCCUGCGUCAAUUCCUGCGGGGCUGACUUCUCCAGCAACACCAGCUGUGAUGCGUUGGACGGCGCAUGUAUUUGCAGGCAUGCAAACACCGUCUGGGAUAACAUCAGCCCGUGCGUGGCAUCCGCCUGCUCAGCCAGCGAUAUACAGAGCUUCCGCGACUUCAUCCGCUCGCUCUGCGCACAGUAUGGCGUCUCGGUUGAUCUGCCCGCGCCAGCUUCGUCAACGUCCAUUGUGGAUACAUUUUCGACGUCAAUAUCGACAUCGUCAUCGUCAUCGACAUCAAUAUCGAUAUCGCCAGUUGCGUCGACGAAGAGUUCGGCAACAGAUAGCUCUUCCACGCCAAGUUCUGCCACGACUACCUCUCCACCGACAAGUCCUUCAGUGACUUUCUCCUCAACGACGAGUUCCGCAGCAACGACAGAAACCACCAGUCAAAGCGGCAGCGGAGGAGGAGAUUCUAAAGCCCCCGUCGGCGCCAUCAUAGGUGGUGUCAUCGGUGGCCUCGCACUCCUCUGCAUCGCCGGCAUAGCAGUCUUCUACAUCAAGCGGCGGCACCCGCGUCCCGCGCUAGCCGGAACUCCCGCACAGGAUACUUCCGUGCCGCCCAAGUACGAGCAUGGCAACGCACCUGAGGUAGCGCCGGAGUACUCCACUGCUCCUGAGUUGAGGCCAGAGUUCCUCAAUGCACCUGAGGUAGCGCAGCCAGGACAGGCUGCGCCGUAUUAUGCCCAGGUCGCUUCGCAGUCUGCGCCGAGGCCGGGGUAUGGAGCAAGUGAGCUGGGUGGGCAGACUGUGGGAGGUCAUGCUGCGGCGCAUGAGCUGCCUACUGUUCGAAAAUGA